AUGAGCAGAUCCAUAGCCCGAUCCAAUCGCUCCUCCUCCUCCUCCUCCUCCCCCCUUGCGGACGCUCCGCUCCCGCUGGACGACGGCGAUGCCAUGGAAGAGCUCUCUCGGCCGCUCUCUAGGACCCGCUCGAUUCGUCUCUCGAGAAGCGUCUCUCUCUCUCCGCCCAAUUUCUUGACCCUCGCCGUCGUCCUCGCUUCGUUCUUCGGCGGCGCCCAGUGCAUCAGGCUCGCCAAUCGGAUCCCCGACCCGGCCGCCGGCUCCCCGGACCAGCCCUCGAGGACCGCCGUCUUCGCCCUCGGGAGCUUCUGGAGGUCCGAGGCCGUCUUCGGCUGCCUCGACGGCGUCGUCCGGACCGCCGUCGGUUACGCCGGCGGCUCCAAGCCCAAUCCCGAGUACCGGAGCUUGCGCGAUCACGCCGAAUGCGUUCAGGUGGAAUAUGAUCCUAGAUUGAUUAGUUACAGGCAACUUUUGGAUGUCUUUUGGUCUAGUCAUGAUUCAAGGCAAGUUCUUGGGCAAGGUCCAGAUGUUGGUAACCAGUACAGGUCAAUUAUCUUCACAAAUGAAACUGAAGAGUCCAGGCUAGCAGCCCUUAGCAAAGAAAGAGAGCAAAGCAAGUCCAAGAGCAGUGUUGUCACUACUCAGAUUCAACAUCUUGAAGCAUUUUAUCAUGCAGAGCCUGAACAUCAGAAAUUCGAGCUCAAGCAGAAACCACUCCUCAUCCAGCUGAUGGGAAACCUGCCUGAAGAGGAACUUCAGAAAUCAAGUUUGGCUGCAAAAUUGAACAGUUUUGCAGCUGAGCUUUGCCCACCUCACAUUCAGAAGCAGAUCGAUGCGAAGAUUGGUGAGAUCAUCAGAAAAAGUUGGCCUCUCUUGAGAAAUGUUUAGUUAAACAAUAUAUCAAUUGUUUCAGAUGAAUAACAAAUUCAUCAGUCCAUUCGGCGCUAGGAGCUGUAAAUCCAACUUUUUGAGAGGAAACAAGAUAAAUGUUGAUAGACAUGCAACUGUAAUUGUCCUGUAGAUGUUACCAUAUUUUGAUUCCUGCAAUAUGUUUCUCAAAUCCCGCGUAA